CAGAUGGAGGCGGAGUAAACGGUUUUUGUUGACACAUACGUCACUCAGGUACCACCCACUUUUUUAGCCUGUCUGCAAAGCAAACAUGCAUGCUGCAAGGGGGACAGAUUUUGAUGUUUUAGUUGUGGGUAGCUGCAAUACAGACCUAAUCAGUUAUGUGUCUAGGCUUCCCAAACCAGGAGAAACAAUCCAUGGAACCAAGUUUUCUAUUGGAUUUGGAGGCAAAGGUGCAAAUCAGUGUGUGAUGUCAUCCAGACUUGGAGCAAAAACUGCUAUCGUUGCCAUGGUUGGAGAUGAUAGUUUUGGAAAUGAUACCAUUAAGAACUUUAAAAACAACAAUGUUGAUGUUGGGUUUGUAGGAAAAAGCUCCGAGGCUUCCACUGGUGCUGCUCCAAUAGCGGUUGAUGAUCAAGGUCAGAAUUCUAUUAUCAUUGUUGCUGGUGCAAAUAAUUUAUUAAGUGAAAGCCAUGUGACAGACGCAUUUGCUUCCAUCAACUCUUGCAAAGUUUUGCUCUGCCAGCUGGAAAUUCCACCAGCAACCACACUUACUGCCUUGAAGCUAGCCAAGCGAAGAGGAGUAUUGACGGUUUUAAAUCCAGCACCAGCUGUUGAAAAUCUAGAUGAAGAAUUUUUUAGAAACUGUGAUAUUUUCUGCCCAAAUGAAACAGAGGCAGAAUUGUUGACAAGUCUACCUGUAACUAAUGUUGAAGAAGCUAAAAGGGCUUCGCUUGCACUCUUGGAUAAAGGCUGUUCAAAAGUUAUCAUAACACUCGGAGUUCAAGGGUCAGUAUUGACUUUGAGGGAUACAAGAACUCCAGUACAUAUUCCUGUAAAGCAAGUAAAGGCGCUGGAUUCCACGGGGGCUGGCGAUUGCUUCAUUGGAUCACUAGCAUACUAUUUAUCUUCAUAUCCAGACUUAAGGUUGGAAGAAAUAAUUCGACGAGCAUCUGUUAUUGCAUCUAUCAGUGUUUGUGCGGCUGGAACACAAACUAGCUUUCCUUGGAAAAGUGAUAUAUCACACGAUGAAGGAUUGUUCAAACAUUGAGGUUUUAGGUUACGGAAAAUUCUAAAUGUUUCCCAUUCUGAUUCUUUGACACAUUUUUAUAUAUUUGUUCUUUACAAAUGUGACAAAAAUUCACUCAGACACAUUAGGGUUUUAGAGUGUUUUUUUAACUUGUAGAGGGGGUACUACUAUUUCCACUACCAUUAGAUAACACAGGUGUAAUGAUAUAACUAGUCGACACAUUUUCAAGCAGAAUAAAUUUUCUAUCUUUUUACUUUUUGGUUGAGUUUAUAAAGCCUGAGAACAUAUUCAAGAAUGUCUUAACCAGCAAAUUUGAAUCAAUUUGGUGCAAUUUCCAUUACUUUUAUUACAUAGGGGCAGUAAAGUAACCAAAGCACUCACACAGAUUAGAGAUCAACAUGAUACGCAUUAAGCAUUUGUUAAUUACAUAUUUUAUAGAUUUCUCUGCCAAUCCUAGUAUUUAUAUAUGAAUGCAACAUACAAACCAAACGAUAUUUAGUGCGACAAGACUAGAUCUCAGACACAAGAUAAAAUAAUAAUUAUGUAUAUAAAUUUUAAAGUGUGAAAUUCAAUCUCGGAUGCGAAUGAAAUGAAAUAAAAUAUAUGUAUAUAUAA